GGAACCCAACACGUUUACUGGGUUCUUUCGAACCCAGGAUGCCGCCUGGUUUCGUUCGAACCCAGGAGGACGAACCCAGGAAGCCAGGCGUCUUCCUGGGUUUGAACGAACCCAGGAGGAUGCCUGGGUUCGUCCUCCUGGGUUCAAACGAACCCAAGAGCAAAAAGCUAGGCAAGAUGAGGAACUGGGAACUGGGGAAUGGGAAGAACGGGGGAGAAGAGUUUCAAGAUUUGCAGGAGGUGAUGAGGGACAAAAUAGAGGAAUACACACAGGAAAUCAAAAAAGCUGGAAGAAUUGGUUGCUUUGUUAAACAAGCAAAAGUGGGAGGGAUAGCACCAUUACCAACCACUACAAGAAAACCGAGCUUCACCGACCACAUAUCACCGAGUUCCAACUUGAUGCUCGUCGGUGAUUGUCCAGUGAACGGGAAUCCUGAUGCAACGCAGAGAUGAGCAGCUUUAGACUGUAGCAAUGUGGGUUUCGUCGGUAAGCUUCCCUAUGCCCUGCCGAUCCGCCCUUCUGCUUUCAUUUUGGUCUUUCUCCUUUCAUUUUCAUUUUCCUCUUUGUCCCGAGUUGCUCUUGCUCCCCUUUCCUCCAUUCUUCCAUUUGAAGCAGUUUAACACAUUUUUCUUGUUGCAAUCUAGUAGAUCAAGCAGUGGUAAGUAAAAUUUAAGUAGUAUU